UUUUUGAUAUACGUGUGUACGGCUAAAGUAUCAUUUUUAUUUUGAUCGAGAGGAGCAAACACUUUGGAUGCCUUGUGCACAUUAAUGCCACGUAAUACACCGAUGUAUAAAUUACCUACGAUGAAAAUGUACCAUCCUUCUGCAAUGACGUACAUACACGUCCACUACGCGUACGGCGGAGGAUAGACCGAUAGAGGAGCGGGAGAUUUUGCGCAUGGAAAGGUUUCUAUGAAUUUUGUGAUGAACUUCGUCACAAACUUUGUUUACAUUUGAAUGAACAAAAACCCAUCAAAGAUGAAGUGAGUUACGCAAUGGAGCUAUAGCUCAAUGGUUACGCGUAAAUGGAGGAACAGGUUCAGAGAGAACCGAAAGCGUGCCUUGUCUUGCUAUGUGGCCUACCGGGCGCAGGCAAAACAUCCCUUGCUGUGGCGCUGAUGAAGAAGAAAUCGAUUGGUCAUCAUCAUCUCGCCAAAAACUCAUCUCUUGCAUCUGUGGAUGAAUGCCCAGGCGUAGCUGCCUGUCAUCUCUGCUACGAUGACGUCAUCCCUAGACAACUUGAGAUGCAGAUGGAAGGAGGAGAGAGUCCUUACUUCAAUGAGUCCACCAAUCAGAGUUCAUCAGUGUCGCCAUGGAAGGCCUACAGACAAGAGAUACUCCGUUGUGUGGAUGGCAUCCUGGCAAGAUUGAAGUCCAACAAAACAUUGGAUGCAACAACUGUCGUGGAUGAACUGCAAGACAUCUCCCAAUGUGGAAGAGAAGUGUGGAGCAAAAUUCUGACGUUAAUUCAAGACCAAAUCAAUGCCAAGAAGGAACAGAAUCCAAGACGCACAUCAUCUGUGGUCCUCUUUAUUGAUGACAACAUGUACUAUCGGAGCAUGAGACAUGAAUAUUACCAGGUGGCAAAGAAAUACAGUGUAGGGUUUUGUCAAGUCUAUCUGCGGUGCAACACAGAGGUAGCCGUGGCAAGAAAUAGUCAGCGUCGUCAUGGCAUCCCAGAGGAAACAAUCAGGAGAAUGGCCAGCAGAAUCGAGGCACCAGACCGGCAGGUUGCAUCAUGGGAGAAGCAGAGCAUACACAUCGAUUCAGAAGACUCGGAGAAGGAAACCACACUGUCUGCAAUAUGGGAUCUCAUUACCAAAGCUUUGCUGGAUCCUGUUUUACCCUUGGAAGUGGUAAAUGCUGAAGAGAAGGAGGCGAGUCGUGCAGCAUGCGCUUCUAGCAUCCUCCACCAGGCUGAUCAGUCGCUCAGGAAGUGUGUCACUGAAGCAGUGACAUCUGCCAAAGAUGGAGGGUUACUUACCAGGGCGGAGCUCAAGGCCCUUGGGUCUAAAGUCAAUAAUGUACGGCAGGCCGUGCUUCAGAAGAUCCGCGAUGGUGAGGUGCAGCCACCGCCGCUUGCUGCUAUGGCAACGGACGACACUGAGCAAUGGAGGAACUUUGAUGCGUUCAUCCGGGACUUGUUUGAGAAAGCGCAGCAGACGAGGUGACAAAGACACAAACCCUUUUGAGAAGUUCAAGGAAAUUGCCUCAACGCCACAUGAGCAACAACGACCUCUGUCUCUGAUGUGGAAGGUGCAAGUUCAGAAAAGUGUGAUGACACUGUAGUUUUUAAGCCAUCGACAGAUUGCAGAAGUAUUAUCCGUUGGCUCCGUACAGAAGUACCCCCUCAAUGGUAAAAAAAGAAAGAGUUGGGGGAGACCACUGGCAGAGACAUUCGAACGCACUGCUGACGCCGCCUGACGCUCACAUGAAGAUGCUAGGUACCAAAUGGACACUAGGCCGGCUCUCUGGGACCAGCAAAUACACCAACCAAUCACAGACAAGCA